AUAGUCUUUUAUUUUACCCCAAUGUAUACGCAGGGGGUCAAUAGCACAAUGUGAAAGGAGAAUGUGGAAGAUCUACAAGGACGACAUUUGGUGGACUUUCCAAGUCUUUGCCUGUUUUUCCAUUGGGAAUCAGGCUCUUUUAUUAUUGCUACGUAGUCUAUGGAGCAGGUAGUGAGACUAAAAAAUGACCAGGAAAGCCAAAACCACCUUCCUGCGGCCAACUGUCAUCGAUAGGCAGUCGACAAAGACACGCAAUUGGUGCUGUUUGUCUAUGACAAAUGAUGCCUGUAAUGUCUCUACAUUGACAAAGAAUAAUUACUUAAUCAGUGGUUUAUUCGUCUUGGGAAUAGCCCAUAAAAAUAGACAGUCUCUCGGUGUCUCAGGCAUCCGUUCCCACCCUACCUCUGAACUCUUUGCUUCUUUGCUUUUGAUUCCGCAAACGGCUUCCAUGUCUUCUCCAUCGGAAACUUCCAACACUGUAUCCAAAGUGUUCUCUCUCUGUGCGUCGUUAGCGGGAUUCAUCAUGCUGCUCUGGCCCAUGGCCCAAGAACUGAUUUCCGACCAGGUCAGAUCCUAUCUUUCUUCUAACCUUCCCCACUUCUUCAGUCAUAUCUCGCCUAUCGUCACUGUUGAAAUCGAUGAGAAAUGUGGCGUGACUAAGAACGAAGUUUAUGAAGCAGCUACGCUCUAUGUCAGCACCAAGGUCAGCACCGAAAAAAUGCGCCACAAAGUCAACAAAACCAGAGAACAGAAAUAUUUUACAAUCGCCGUCGCGAAGGGGGAACCAGUUGUUGAUCAAUACGACGGUGUUAAACUAACAUGGAGACUUGUUUGCAAGAAAGAUGAGUUUGGAGAGGAAAGACUGUUCAAACUCAGCUUCAACAAGAAGCAUCAUGCAAAAGUAUUGACUUCUUACUUACCUUACGUUUGGGACGAAGCUAAUAUGAUUAGAACUCGAAACCGAAUGAUAAAGCUUUAUAGCCGUCAAUGUCCAUUCAGUGAUGACAACGAUGACAGAAGAGGUUCUUGGGGUUCCAUAAUCUUGGAGCACCCAGCUACUUUUGAGACAUUGGCUAUGGAUCCAGAUCUGAAGAAGAUGAUCAUGGAUGAUUUGGAGAGGUUUGUAAGGAGGAAAGAGUAUUAUAAUAAAGUUGGGAAAGCUUGGAAAAGAGGUUACUUGCUAUUUGGUCCUUCUGGCACUGGUAAAUCCAGUUUGGUUGCUGCCAUGGCUAAUUAUCUCAAAUUUGAUAUAUAUGAUUUUGCGCUCAACAGUGUAUCUUCUGAUGUUGAAUUAAGGAAGAUGCUGCUAUCAACGAGUAACCGGUCUAUAGUGUUGUUUGAAGACAUAGAUUGCAGCUCUGAGGUUCUUGGACGACAAAUUGGCAUGCAAAACGAACAGGAACCUCCUAAAUUUGGGCAGUUGACGCUUUCGGGUCUCCUGAACUGCAUCGAUGGUGUGUGUUCAAGCUGCGGGGAUGAAAGAAUCAUCGUAUUCACAACCCGCUACAAGGAUCGGCUUGACCCUGCUCUAUUGCGUCCUGGUCGAAUGGACAUGCACAUCAACAUGUCCUACUGCACCACUUACGGAUUCAAGCUCUUAGCUUUUAACCAUUUAGGCAUCAGCAACGAACACAUCCCUUUCCUGGGAGAAAUCGAUGGCUUGCUAAAGAGUACAGAGACGACCCCAGCAGAGGUAGCAGAGGAAUUGAUGAGAUAUGAUGAUGCUGAUGUUGCUCUUCAAGGUCUUGUUGACUUCCUUAAACGCAAGAGGGAUGAAGGCAAUGAGACCUAGAGCAAAGCGACGAAUGGUGGUGAAGUUCGUGUUGAAAAGUAAUUCUUAAUCUGGAAAUCAAGCUAUUGGAAGUACUGGCGGGAAGCAUCAGUCUUGAAGGUUAAAGAAAGGCUUGAAGAGGCAAAGCGUUGUCGUCUUUGGCUGAAGAUACUGGUUGCCAAAACGCUAGUUCAUUGUGUCGUUUCUACCGUUACCAUUGGCUGUGUUCUAACGGUCUUGGUCAUGUCGUUUUGUUUUGUUUCUAGUUUGUUGGCCUUAUAAGCACCACUAUGGUGCCGUUUUGAUUUGUUCUCUUGUUUCUGGUGAGGCUCAACGGUCAUGUCUGUUUCUUGUUCAUUUUAUCGUUAAGCUACUCUUUGAUUACCGUGCAGCUGCUUCCUAGAUCCGAUUUAGUCUCCAUAAACUAAAAUCUAGAAAAUGUUUUCUCUU